GGCAAAUAUUUAUCCUUCAAAAUGAGAGAGGUUGAGACGUCGUUGAAGUCUGGCUGGGGGACUGAUGCCUGCGGGGCUCUGAUUGGUCCGAAGCAAGGUUGCCGCAAAGGCCACCGUACACCUUCGCCUACUCGAGCAUAAACCAUAACUUCUCCUUCCAGGACACGUUGACCGACCUGGUGUACGGCUUUUGCGUGUGAACUUAUUAAUUCUCCCUCUAAUAUAUUCUGGUUAUAUGUUCGUCUUCCUUCUAUAAACUUGCUCGUUAGCACGCAGAGUGGCCCGAGUCGCUCUGCCCCUCUCCCUGCUCGAAGUCGAUAUCGUGGCUGACCGAAACAAACAGUAAACCAGUUACGAUUCGCACGACGUUAUACAUAUACCCUCCCUCCCACGAAAUUACCUUUACAGAAAUUAUCAAGCGCCAAUAGUCGCCGUUACCUGAUAUCACACUUUCGUCUCUCAUGGAAGCACCACAGGGGGGUUACCCUCCCCAGGAAGGGUAUGGUCAACCCGUUGGCUAUAGUUCUCCUCAGCCCGGGCAGCCUCCUCAAGGUCAAGCUGGUAGGAAGAAGCGGGUAUAUGCUGGCGAAUCCUUCGAGUUUGGUUCCGGUGCCAAUGCGGCGUUGGGAGGUCAGAUGCCAGCCGGCGGCAGCUACGGCUACCCUCCCCAGCCUGUUGCGGGAUACCAACAACCCGUGGCGCAGCCCAUGUAUGGGGCAGAUCCCGCAGCCCAGAUGCAGCCUAUGCCUCAAGGAUACGCCCCGCCUAUCGCACCUGGAGUCGCGCAGAUGACCCAGCAAUUUGGUGCUAUGGGGAUGGCUGAUCCGCAUCAGAUGGCGCCUCAACCUGCCCAAGCACGGCCUGUUUCUCUCAACCAACUCAUCCCGACCGACCUUCUCAGCCAACCAUUCAAUGUCGCAGAGCUAGACUUGCCUCCGCCUCCUAUCAUUUUGCCGCCGGGUACCAGUGUCUUCCCGUCUCCCCACGCAAAUUGCCCUCCCAAAUACAUGCGCUCGACACUAAAUGCCGUCCCGACGAACCACUCGCUUUUGAAGAAAUCCAAAUUACCUUUCUCUCUUGUCAUUCAGCCAUAUGCAGCCCUCCAUGACGCAGAGGACCCUAUCCCGGUGAUUCCCGAUCAAGUCAUCUCACGAUGCAGACGCUGCCGAUCCUACAUCAACCCAUUCGUCACAUUCAUGGAUAAUGGCCACCGCUGGCGUUGCAAUAUGUGCAGCUUGACGAAUGAUGUGCCUCAAGCCUUCGAUUGGGAUAGCGCUGCGCAAAAGCCCGCGGACCGGGCUCUGCGACCCGAACUCAACCACUCGGUCGUUGAGUUUGUCGCACCUCAAGAAUAUAUGGUCCGACCACCGCAGCCGCUUGUCUACCUCUUCCUGAUUGAUGUGAGCUAUACUUCGGUUGCUAACGGCCUCUUGGCCACGACCGCACGAUGCAUCAAGGAGAGCCUCGACCGGAUCCCUAACGCGGAUCGGCGGACCCGGUUGGGCUUUAUGGCCGUGGACACCAGCCUUCAUUACUUCAGCAUCCCCAGAGACGGAUCCGAGAGCUCAGACCCGCGUAUGCUUGUUGUCAGCGACCUUGACGAGCCAUUCCUUCCCAUCCCUGGUGAUCUUCUGGUGCCACUAAGUGAAUGCCGGGAGAACAUCGAGCUGUUCUUGGACAAGCUGCAGGAUAUGUUCCAGGACACUCAGAGCAAUGGCUGUGCUAUGGGAUCGGCUUUGCGGGCUGGUUACAAGUUGAUUUCCCCCGUGGGCGGAAAAAUGACUGUCCUCAGCACGUCGCUCCCUAAUGUUGGGCAAGGCGUCCUUACCAUGAGAGAAGAUAAAAAGGUCCUAGGUACGAACAAGGAGAGCGGUCUUUUGCAGACCGCCAACAGCUUCUACAAGAGUUUUGCCGUCGAGUGCUCUAAGGCGCAGGUGUCAGUGGACAUGUUCUUGUUCUCCUCCCAAUAUCAAGAUGUGGCGUCCUUGAGUAACCUUCCGAGAUACACGGGUGGCCAGACCUACUUCUAUCCUGGGUGGAACGCGGCCCGGAGUGAAGAUGCAAUCAAGUUCGCACGAGAAUUUUCUGAAUACCUGUCGUCAGAGAUUGGACUGGAGGCUGUCCUGCGUGUCCGUGCAACGACUGGUUUGCGGAUGAACACGUUCUACGGUAACUUCUUUAACCGUAGCUCGGAUCUGUGUGCAUUCCCUGCUUUCCCACGUGAUCAAGCGUACGUCGUUGAGGUUGCGAUUGAUGAGACUGUCACGAAGCCAGUGGUAUGCAUGCAGGCAGCUGUCCUUCACACCACGUGUAACGGUGAGCGGAGGAUCCGUGUCUCGACCGUGGCGCUUCCCACCACCCAGAACCUUGCCGACCUGUAUGCUUCAGCGGAUCAGCAGGCGAUUUCCGCUUACUUCAGCCACAAAGCUGUUGAGCGGGCUCUGUCGAACGGUUUGGAGCCGGCACGAGAGGCAUUGCAGGCCAAGGUCACGGAACUUCUGUCGACGUACCGCAAGGAGCUUGCCGGUGGAAGCGCAAGCGGCAGCGGACUUCAGUUCCCUGCCAACCUGAGAGCACUUCCUGUUCUUUUCCUUGCCAUGAUCAAGAACCUUGGUCUCCGGAAAUCCGCCCAAAUUCCGACCGAUAUGCGGUCAGCUGCUCUUUGUAUGCUUUCGACGCUUCCUCUUCCUCUUCUUAUGCAGUACAUCUACCCGAAGAUGUACUCGCUACACGAUAUGCCAGACAAUGCGGGAUUGCCGGAUGAGCAGACGGGCGAAAUCAUCCUUCCGCCGCCCAUCAAUCUGGCGUCUGAGCAGAUGCUGUCGUAUGGUCUUUACCUUCUCGACGACGGACAGACGCAGUUCCUGUGGGUAGGACGCGAUGCGGUGCCGCAGCUCAUCCUCGACGUGUUCGGAUUACCCGACAAAUUACAACUCCGCGUGGGCAAGCAGUACCUUCCCGAAUUGGACAAUGACUUUAGCCAGCGGGUUCGGGCGGUGGUUGAGAAGAGCCGGGAUCACCGUGCGAAGGGUGCGGGCAGUAUCGUAGUGCCACAUCUGUAUGUGGUUAGGGAGGACGGGGAGCCAGGCCUCCGGUUGUGGGCACAGACACUGUUGGUUGAGGACCGAUCGGAUCAGAGCGCCAGUUUGGUGCAAUGGAUGGGGUCUUUGCGGGAAAAGGUUUGAUCCCCUUUUUUUCUUUUUCUGCUCUCUCUCCCCCCAAGUCGACUUGGUGCGAUAAAGACCACUGAGCUGACGAGGUUGAAAACACGUGUACAGAUUGUGCAGUAGAGAAGAUGGCUUCCGCUUCCUAAAAUACUUUGGUUCCUUAUUUAUGAGAUACAACACUGAUUAUAUUGAUAUCUUAUUUGGCAGCCAGGGUACUUCCCCUUUUUGGCUGGUAUUUGUAUUUGUAUGGAGUAUUUUGUAGAGGAAGUGACUAUAAGAGACCAUGUGAUAUGGAUUGUGAUAAAACUGUGAUGAUUGAGUUUGGCCCAGCAG